AUGCCGAUUCUGUUUUCGGUUGUGGCGCGGGGUUCGUACGUACUCGCCAAGUACGCAUCGUGCGUCGGUAAUUUUCAGGAAGUGAUCGAUCAGAUUUUGCCGCGCAUCCCACCAGACGACUCCAAGCUCACAUACUCUCAUGGCAACUUCCUCAUUCACUACGUUGCAGAAGAUGGCAUCGUUUACCUUUGUAUCACCGACGACGAUUUUGAGCGCUCACGUGCUUUCCUGUUCCUUGGUGAGAUCAAGAAGCGGUUCCAAGUUACAUAUGGUCCUCGGGCGCUCACUGCGUUGCCCUUUGCGAUGAAUUCUGAGUUUUCUCGGGUUUUGGCGAACGAAAUGAAACAUUUUUCUGAUUCAAAAGACGUGGACACGAUUUCGAAAGUGCAAGGCGAAUUAGAUGAGCUGAAGGACAUAAUGGUUCAGAACAUCGAUAGUCUCGCUCAGAGGGGAGAACGGUUGGAGUUGCUUGUAAACAAAGCUGAGGAUCUUUCUUCUUCGGUGAGGCUUGGUCUCAGUUUAUAUUCUUAG